AUGGACGCCAGCGACAUGCUGAAGCCGGCGCUGGCGAGGGGGAGCCUUCAGGUCGUGGCCGCCACCACGUUCGAGGAGUACCGGGAGCGCUUCUCGAAGGACCCCGCCUUGGAGCGCCGGUUCGAGGUCGUCGAGGUCAGGGAGGCCACGGCCACCGAGGCGGCGGGGGUGCUGGCGGCCCUCAGCCCGCUGUACGAGGCCCACCACGGCGUCACCUGCACGGCGGAGGCGGUGGCGGCGGCGGCCGACUGGUCCGACAGGUACCUCCCAGAGAGGCACCUGCCGGACAAGGCCAUCGACGUGCUGGACAGGGCGGCGGUGCGUGCCAGGGCGCGCCUUGUGGCGCGCAGCGCCGGCCCCGCCGCGGCCGCCAGCGAGCAGGGGCGCGUGACGACACAGGACGUCGCGGCGAUUAUCGAGGAGACGGUGGGGCUGAGGCCUGGGGCCGUGUCCGCGACGGACGCCCUCCUGGGAGGAGCGCUCGAGGCCGCCCUCCGCGAGCGCGUGCGCGGGCAGCCGGAGGCCGUGAAGCUGGUGGCUGCCGCGGUGCUGCGGCACGCCUCCGGCUUGUGCGAGGAGGGCAGGCCCGUCGCGACGCUGCUGCUCUAUGGCCCCCCUGGCGUGGGGAAGACGUCUCUGGCGAAGGCCCUCGCGGAGUGCUGGCUGGGCACGGGGCGUGCGCUGAUCACCUUGGACUGCGCCGGGGCCACGGACGCUUCCGCCGCCGCGGCCGCGCUAGCGGCCGCAGUGAGGCGGCGCCCCCACGCAGUGGUCCUCGUGGACGAGGUAGACAAGGCCCAGGGCGAGCUCCUCGGGCUCCUCCUUGAGGUCGCCGAGGCGGGCUCUCUGACCCUGGGCGGGCCGGGGGCCCUCGGCCGCGUGGACUUCCGCCACGCGCUCGUCUUGCUGGCGUCGAACAGCCAGCGGGGCCCCGCGUCGCUGCCGCCCGCCCUGGCCGACCGGCUGGACGGGGCCGCCCGCCUGGCGCCGCUGGGCCCCGAGGCGCUGUCCGAGGUGCUCUGCGCCAUGGUGCGGGACGCUGCGCGACGGCUGCGCCGGGCGGUGCCUGGCGCCGAGCUGCGCACGACGCAGGCGUGGAGGGAGGCGGUGCUUGAGGAGGCCCUGAGAGGCGGUGGCGCACAGGGAGGUGCGGCGGACGGGGCCGGCGCGCGGCCUCUGCGGCGGGCGCUGCGGCGGUGGCUCGAGAACCCGCUGGCGGCGGAGGUGCUGCGAAGCCGCGCCAGCCCACCGCCAGAUGCUGCGGAGGGGCGCGGUCGGCUCCCGCUGUUCGUCGCGGACGUCGCGGGCGGCGCCCGCGCGGGCGCCGCCAGUCUGCGCGCGGCCGUGUCGACGGAGUGGCGGGCCGCCGCGGACGCCGAGGCGGACAGCGACGAGCUCAUGGGUGAGGAUGAUACGCAGGAUGAUGACGCGCACGAGUGCGAGGGGAUACAGAAAGCAGGGGAAGAGGCGGCGAUGGUGGAGCAGGUCGUGCAGACGAUGUUGUACUUUCGGUGCCAUGCCGGAG